GAAUUGUCAAAUUUGUCAUUGAAAUCGAAGUCAUCGAAGUCCGUUUCGCUAAUAAUUACCAGAUCAAAACAGAGACGACACACAUAAUUGGAAGAAAAGUCAAUUGAUUUCAAUUAGGAACGAUAUCAGCCCACAAUGAGGCAAAAUUCAAUGGAUGACGUUCAUUUGGAUCAAUUUUUGAAAAUUUCGAAUUACGAGGACACGGUGAAACAGUUGGACAUUUACUAUGGGAUCGUAAAGCGACAAAUACUUAAGUAUCAAAGUCCAAUAUCCGGAUUGUUUCCUGUACUGUCAACGGACAACCAAGUGGGAAGCGUUAGAGACAGUGUUUAUUGUGCCGCUGCCGUUUGGGGGCUCUACCAGGCAUACAGACGAAUUGAUGACGACCGUGGCAAGUCAUAUGAACUCGGCCAAUCGACCGUGAAAUGCAUGAGAGGCAUACUGGAAUGUUGGAUCAAACAGGCUCAUCGCGUUGAAUUAUUCAAGCAACGUCAGUCCAAUCAACACGCAUUGCACUGUAAAUUCCAUCUGCACACGGGAGAGGAAAUCUACUCCGAUGACCUGUACAACCACUUACAAAUCGACGCGGUGUCCAUUUACAUCAUAUUUCUGGUACAAAUGAUCACCUCCGGACUGCAAAUCAUUUACACCCAGGACGAAGUUGCGUUCGUUCAGAAUUUGGUGUAUUACGUUGAAAGGGCCUAUCGUACGCCGGAUUUUGGCAUGUGGGAGCGUGGUACAAAGUACAACGAUGGCAAACCGGAAAUACAUGCGUCGUCUAUCGGAAUGGCUAAAUCUGCUCUAGAAGCAAUCAACGGAUGCAAUCUCUUUGGAGAGAAAGGAGCGUCAUGGAGUGUCGUUUAUGUGGACAUUGAUGCACACAAUCGUAACCGGAGCAUUUUUGAAACUAUGCUGCCCCGCGAGUCCAGUUCGAAAGGUGUUGACGCGUCGUUGUUACCAACUUUGUCAUUUCCAGCUUUCGCUUCGCACGAAGAACGACUGGUGGAUUUGUCCAAAAACAAUGUCGUUAAGCGGCUACGAAGCGCCAAAGGUUUCAAACGCUUCAGUCGUGAUGGAUAUUUGUCACGACUGGAAGACAAAAAACGGAGAUACUAUAACAACGGCGAAAUCAAAGACUUUGAAGGGAACGAAUGCGAGUGGCCGAUUUUUUUCACUUUCAUGAUCAUCGACGGUGUCUUCAAAAUGAACAAUGAACAAGUCGAAGAAUAUCAAGCAGAACUGAGGAAAUGCAUGUACUCUGACGAGAACGGAGAUCCCGUCAUAACAAUGUAUUUUGCUCCAGAUGGUAACGGUGGCUAUCAACGCUCACCAUCGAAAUCAUUAUUUCUCUGGGGACAAUCAGUGUUCAUUAUUGCACAGCUACUGACCGCUGGAUUGUUGCACAUCAACGAAUUGGAUAUGAUCCGUCGAUAUCUUCCCAGUUAUAAUCGGCCGAGAAAGGGAGGACGAUACUCUGCGUUUCAGGCUAAGCCAGGACUUGGAACCGCGACUGAUUUGGUAGUUCAAAUCGUCCUAAUUGCCGAAUCAAUGCGAUUGCAAGCUAUGAUGGCAACGUAUGGUAUACAAACGCAGACUCCACAUGAGGUCGAGCCAGUCCAAAUAUGGUCUUCCACGCAACUAAUUAAAAUUUUCCAAGAGCUUGGUGUUAACGAUAAAAUUGGCUUGACCGGCCGACCACCAAGACCGGUUGGAUCGUUGGGCACAUCGAAAGUGUACCGGGUGUGUGGUAUGACCGUUUUGUGCUAUCCGCUGAUAUUCGAAGUGUCCGACUUUUACUUGUACAGAGACAUGGCGUUGCUAAUAGACGACAUCAAGACCGAACUGCAAUUCGUUGGUAAAUAUUGGCGAUUGUCUGGAAGGCCGACAGUCUGUUUGCUGAUAAGGGAGGAGCAUAUGCGAGAUCCACAGUUCAAGGAAAUGUUAGAUUUACUGGCGAUGCUGAAGAAGGGUUAUUGUGAUGGGAUGAAAGUUAGGAUUGGUCGGCUUCAGAAUUUAAUUUCAAGUUCAUGUACAGAACAUCUUGAUUUCAUGAAUUCAACCGACUUGCCUGACAGUUGCGAGACGCAUUUCAGCCAAAUUCACCAUGAGUACAUCGGAUACCAAAGUUUGACUGAUGUUCCCAAGGCGCAGACAUACAAUGAAGAGAAAAUUAUCUGCACCGAAUACGCUUAUCGACCCAUACCGGACAUAAUCACUGCAUUAAGAGAAUUGAAUUCAAUUUACUGUCAGUGUCAACUGUGGGGAAUUCUGUUGAAUCGUGAAGGUCCGAAUUAUGAAGUAAACGGAAGCACCGUUUCCGACGCACUAACGUCGUUGUAUCACCGUGCUGGCACACUGAGGUACUGGAGAGCGGUUCGCUAUUGCAGCUCGUUACUUCAUCAUACUGUCGAUUCGAUCAGUCCGUUCAUUACGACAGUUCUGGUUAAUGGUAAACAGCUGACAGUUGGUGUAAUUGGUCAGAAGGAAACCGUGUUCGACAAACCGAUGACGCCAGCUGAAAUCCAGAGCGUAAUGUACACCACCGUCCAGCCAUUCGAUGUGAUUCAGGCCGUACUACAACAGGAAGUUGUUCUAUACUGUGGACGAUUGAUAGCAACCAAUCCGGACAUAUUCAAGGGUGUACUGAAAAUCCGCAUCGGAUGGGUGUUGGAGGCGAUUCGCUUGUAUUUGAACAUGUCGGGUAAAGGAUCUGAUCUGGACAAUCUAUCGCCGUUUUCGAUUCGAAUCUUACUGCAACGUGUGCUGACCGUUAGCGAAUGGGCCACCGAGGAAAAGCUAACACCAUUGCAACGUCGUCAGCUGGAGGGAUGCUUGUGCCGAGUACCGGAUCAAUUUUACAAUUUGGUGUGGGACGUUCUGACACGUACACCCAAUGGCAUUUCCGUUCAGGGACACCACCUACCAGCUUCACCGACUCUAACAAGCAUGAGUCGCAGUGAAUUGUCAUUUUCGCUAUUGGUUGAGGAAACGUUCAAUCACAUCAUACAACCAGAACGACGUCAAUUGUCCGUGGAAUUGCUGUGCAUCGUGGCGACAAUUUUGUCCCGUAAUCCGGAAUUACAUUUCAAGCAAGAAUUGGAUCUGGAUCAACUGUUAGUGGAUGCGUGUGCCAUUUAUUGCAAAGAGAAUAAGCUGACGGUGACGAAGGAUAUCACUCCAUUGUUUUCGCUUACUUACAACGAGACAACGGGAUAUUUAGCUCGUGCAGCUGUGAAUAAUGUUCUGCAAGGCGGAGCGUUGACUAAGAUGCCACAAGACGAGGACACACAAGAGGUUCAUGAUGAGACCUGCAAGGUGUCGUAGAUCUUCUGUUUUUUGUUACAUUUCGUAGUUGUUUGUUGAGGAAAAGUUGAGUUUUAUUGAGGAAAUUAUAGGUUUUGUUCUGUCAAAAAAA